UUUAUUAAACAAGAAGUUUCUAUCUUUUGUCGAGACACUUGUUGUACUUUUCUCUCCUUCAUGUGUAAAAUAAGAAAAUCACAGGAAACACGAGUGCCACGUCGGAAGAACUUAGCCUAAAAAUUUCACAUCAAGUUACACGCACAAUUUCGUUGAAACAUCAUUUGAAAGAUGCUUUCACCGGUGAGUAAGACGUUGCUACAUUUUUUAAUUCAAAUCUCUGUGCUCUGAAAAGAACUCCUCGUCCAAGAGAAUAAUAACAAACAUUGUGUUAUUCAAAAUGUUGCCGACGUGAAGAAGCACAUUAAGAAAAUUAUAGAAUAAAUAAAUUUUCUUAUGAUGACGAAGGAACUAGCAGCGAGGAUAGCAGCAGCGGGCAGGAAGGCAAGGCAAGAAGCGAGACAACGUGAGGCUGAGGAACGUGCUAAAAUGUUGAGAAAGCAAGCUGUUAUGCGAGAGAUCGAGCUCGGUGCUUUAAAUACAAAACGUUAUCGCACGUUAUGGCGAGAGAUGAUGAUGAGGAUCAAAAUGCCGCAAAUAACCGCGGAUGUGGAAAUCGCGUGGCGCAACUUCGAGCGAGCUGUUGACAUCAAGGAUUACAGGAUAAGCUUCUUAAUGGAUGCGUUGUACGAGGCCGAGGAGCAGUAUCAGAGGAACGUGAGGUCACACGCCGAGAUUAUAGAUCGACUGUUGGAGAAAUGCAGGAAGAGAAUGCAGCGCGAGGAGCGGGAGUACCAAAGAAUCUUGGCCGAGGCGGUCAGUCAGGCGGACGCCAAAGUCGCCAAAAUCAAUCAUCAGUGGAACGAAGACGAGAUCUUCCUAGAGUCGAUCACUCGCGGCAUUGAGCGACAGCGAGAGGGGUCAUUGGACAACAUCAAAAGCAUUACACUCAGUAAUGUUAUCAAUCUCACACUACUACACUUUUUAUGCCUUAAAAUUCCCACCUGUGCGUUGUUCGGUUUUACAUUUAUUUUUACACGUGUUGCAGAUUGGAAAUCGCAAUUCGAAAUCGGGGUAAUACAUAUGAUGACUAUAAUUGCAGUCGAUGCGAAUAACUUGAUUAUCACUAUAAGCACCAAGUCAGAUCGCAUCGUCAAUUCGAAAAGCAUUUACCAUUUUUUCUAUUUAGCCAACAUUUUCGCUAACUCGUCUUUUCCACGCUUAUCGGUCGAAACUCGUCACUCGUCAGGAACAAAGGAUCGCCGGAAAUGUUACGAGACGCUCAAAGAGAAGGAUGAGAAAGAUCGGAAAGUGAUAGCGCAGCAAUUAACGCGCACGGCGAACUUCUUCGAAGAGAUACGAAAUCUUCGGGGCAAGAUAGCGACGUAUGACGCCGCAGCUGAGAAGGACAUUUCCGAGAUCCGAACGGAGCACGAUUUCUUCCAAAACACUUACUGGGCUAUGAAGAAUCGUUCGCUCUCAGGUGAACAAUCGCCGCAAGGUCUCUCAGUUCGUUCAUUGGCUACGUUCAGCAGAAAAAGCAGCUUUGCAACUGUUGCAAAAUUCGUCAGUACGAUUGGCCCCGAAAUUGGGACUCGACCCGUAAAUGGGACCGUUACCUUAAACGAUUCUUUAUUGAAGGAAACGCAAAAUGAUCAUUUAGAGCAAACGAAGGAUCAAGAUCAGUUGAAGAUCAUGACGAUGGAAUAUAAUAAGGUGAUGAGACGUUUAGGACAACUCGUAACCAAAGGCAAACGGCUGCUCACAUUGAUGCAAAUCUGUCGUAAGUACGAGACGCAAGAAGAAAAGGUAGUUCCGUUCGGCUAUUGCACGCAGGUGGAAGACUCGUCAACGUUCUCUUCGCAGCAAGCCUCCGUUUCAGACUUGGACGUGGCUCAUCAGGUUAUUUGAUUUUUGCAAAUACGCGAUGAAAAUAUCAUGGAAAAU